CCCCCCUCUCUAACACCUGCGGGGCGGUUGGAUCGGUCCCGUCAGUCCUCGCAGGGAUGGAGAUGUUAGGCGAGAAACAGCAUGCUCCCACUCACUAAGCGAGGAAGGUCAACAAUGAAAAACGUAGGAGCUGAACAGAAAUGCGCGGUGCGGUGCAGGGAGCGGUGUGCUGACAGUGUGGUCCCCCCGCAAUGAGCCGCCGACCCCCGGGCCGCUGGUGCGGAGCUGGACGGGACAUGAGGGCAGCCUGGAUCCUGACUGUGACCGCGCUCAUCACCGCUCAGACAGCCGGAGGAUCACCGCUGGUCCCGGACCCCGAGGUUUUCCUGGAGAAGUAUGGCUACCUCCACCAGGACAACCACAUCCACAAUGCAGUAGAGGUGCAGUCAGCUGUCCGCGAGUUCCAGUGGUUGUCCCGGCUUCCUGUCACAGGCGAACUUGACAGCGCCACCCUGAGGCAGAUGGCAGAGCCCCGUUGUGGGGUGUCGGACGAGGGCAGCCAGCAGAUCUGGGCUCAGAGAGUGAACGCCAUCUUUACUGGGAAGAGGGCCACUGCAGGGCGACCUCAGAGCCGCAGGAGACGCUCUGCUGCACAAGCUGAGAAGUGGUACAAACGUCACCUGACCUACCAGAUAGUGAACUGGCCUCGCCAUCUGUCCCUGGGCUCAGUGCGGCUGGCGGUGCAUGCAGCUUUCCAGCUGUGGAGCAAUGUGUCAGGCCUGGUCUUCCAGGAGGCCCCUGAAGGACCUGCAGACAUCCGGCUGGCCUUUUACGAGGGAGACCACAACGAUGGGGCCAGCAACGCUUUCGAUGGACCAGGGGGAACUCUGGCUCAUGCUUUCCUGCCUCGUCGGGGCGAAGCCCACUUCGACAUGGCAGAGCGGUGGACGCUGAAUGGACACAAAGGACACAACCUGUUCAUGGUGACUGCCCACGAGAUCGGGCACACUCUCGGACUGGAGCACUCCCCGGUCCGUCACGCUCUGAUGUCUCCAUACUACAGGAAACUCGGUCGCAACUUGGUGCUGAGCUGGGACGACAUCAUCGCAGUGCAGCAGCUGUACGGUAAACCAUCAGGUGACCGCCUUGUGAGGCUGCCAGGCCAGGUUUUGCAUGCAGCACUGCAGGAGUGGGAGUUCACAGAGCUUCACAACAGGCAUGAGACCACAGGCCAGCCUCUCUACUGCCAGGGCAGCUUUGAUGCCAUCACUAUGGACCAGAAUGACACUGUGCUGGUGUUUCGGGGCAGUGUGUACUGGUCAGUAUCGGCUGCAGGCAGUGUGAGUGGCCCGCUGCCUCUCAGUCAGCGAUGGCCUGACCUCCCUCUGGCCAUCGAAGCUGCUGCCUUCUCUCCACUGGACUCCAAAUGGUAUUUUUUCAAAGGGAAGCGGAUGUGGCGCUACACAGGCAGUAAGCUGGAUCCCGGCUUCCCCAGGAAGAGCAGUGAUUUGGGGCUGCCUCGCCACCCUGACUGUGCCUUCUAUUACAAACCUCUGGGUCACAUGGUUGUCUUCAAGGGCUCCCGCUACUCUGUGCUUAACCUCAAAACACUACGCCAAGAGCCCUACUACCCCCGCAGGCUGACAGACUGGACUGGGGUGCCACAGGGCACCAAUGGGGCACUGACCCGUCGAGGUGGACGCCUCUACCUGUUCAGAGAACAGCGCUUCUGGAGUUUUGACCCGGUAAAGGUGCGAGUCACCAGAGAAGGUCAGUGGGCAAAGGAUCUGAGCUGGACUGGUUGCAGCAAAACUCAUCAGAGCAACAACAUACUUUGACCAGCAGAUGGAGCUGUAAGCUUGAGAUACAGUGCAAUUUGUUGAUGUAUACUGUCACAGAGGUGUACAGAGGUGCUACAACACCCACACUGAGUUUUUAAGUUGCAAAAGGAGCCUGGAUCAGAAAAACUCACCGUGUAGGGACUUACAUUAUGAAGCACAUAGAGUAUUUAUACUGUAGAGCAAUUAAUAUUACUAUAUACGGAUGUGCAAUUAUAGCCUCUUCAGUACAGUUUAGACUAUAACAGGACUAUACACUCUGAAGUGAGCGGACCAAGAACUGCUUUUAGGUGGGGACAAUAUCACACAGCAGUUUGAUCUAUGCUUUUAAAACCAUAAUUUUUCCUCUUGUAGUAUUUGCACACUGACAGAGAAAUUAAAAUAUUUGUGCUUUUAUCAUCUCGUCACUAACAUAUGUAUUGUAUAAAUAACUGUUACUUAUAUACCCUGUGAUUGUAUGCUUCCAUCCUAACUGCUUGUUAUGAUAGAGGGCCUAAAUCUAUCACUCGUGCCUGCUGAGGUCCAACUGUUUGGACAAUAUUAUGAAUACAGUGUAAGUUUAGUAGAGUAGUACAGGUAGGUGAGUUGUCUGGUGUGAUGGCUGCUGGAUGGUGGGCCAAAGAUGAAAUUCUGUCUGAACAGCAGCAGUUUGACAACAUUGUAAUUAUGCAUCUGAGAAACAUCCACCAUUUACUUCUGGGCUUUUUUAUCAGAGAAGUAUAUUAUCAGUUUGUCAGUGUAUAUGUAGCUCAAUGAUUAUUUAGCUCACUACAUAUUACACUAAUCUUACAGCUAAAGAAUUUUGACAGGGGUAUUACAUUAGUACUAAACCUUCAAACUUCUCAUCAUGUGGAAACAUCACUGUAAGAAUACACACUUAGCCUUUUUGUGACGACAACAGAAAGCAGCUUUCUUCAACUGCCUUUUAAUACUAAGCCUUAAGACAUUUCUCUGCAUCACUGAACAGUUUAGACACUAAAGAGCCUCAUGGUUGAUGCUUCCUGACAAAGCAUACUUGCUUUUUCCCCAGUAACACUUAUCAACAGUAAACAGUUAAACAAAUUCACAUCUCUGAGCUGUCCUGCACAUCAACAGUGUUCUGUCGACUAGUGAGCAGCUCAUACUAUAAAACCUUGAAUCAAAUGCAUUCGAUCAAACACUGGCCAUAAUGUAACACAAGAGAAUACUUGAUUCAGGUUCACCUGCAGUAGGUUAAAUUUAGAGGGCCAUUUACAUUAAAAGUCUUGAGUUGUAGAAGAGACUGGUAUGAGUCAUGAGGUUUGGCCAUUAAAUUAAAAGUAUUUUUUUCAUCUAAUACUAAUUAUCUUUUUUAUCAGACUUGUCUCUAAACAGCUACAAUCACUACAAUGAUCAUGUGAUCUUUGCAAAAUGUUGUGGGUUUGACUUCCAUCUGUUGUAACUGAUCAAUCCAAUACAUGAUGCAUUUGUUAAGUUAA